AGAAAAUUUAGUAAAAUUAAAAUUACUGUCUUAAAAAUAAAAAUAUUCAAUCAAUAAUCAAUUGUUUUCUUCAUAUUCUAGAUCUAUCCAGAGUAGUUUAUGCUAUUCGGACACCUAUAGGCCCAAAUUUGAAAGUUUGACUUUGACAGCGCAUUAUUUGAAAUUCAUUUUUUUUUUACAUAAUAAAAAGACAGCUAGAUCUAAAAUAAAUGGAAGGAAAUUGGGUCAGAAUGAAUCAAUGAUAAUCAUUGGAAAAUGGACUUAACUUAAAAGUUUAAGACUUACUAAACUUACUUUAGACUGUCUUAGACUUUAGAUUACUUAAUACUAGACUAGAGUCUAACUAAACUAAGUCGACUUAAUUAAAAUUUAUAACUUAGACUUAAGACUCAGAUUUAUCAUAAUUUAUGACUUACUAGUGACAUAUAUAUAUUCUAGUCUAGUUACUUAGCCUUAGUAAACUUAGUUUAGUGUUAGGCUUAGACUUAGACUUACUCCUUAGAAGAUAAAUUGAUAGAAGAGAAUAGAUCUAAUGUCUAAUCUACUUAACUUUAACUACUUAGUAGACUGAGAUGACUGAGUAGUGACACUGUAGUAGUGUAGAGUAGUCUAUUCUAAAAUUCUAGAUCUAAGAGUCACUAAGUUACUAUUCACUAAGACAACUACAGUACUAGACUAGAUAUAGUCUAGAUCUAGAAUAUUUUAUAUAGUCUAGCUCUAGGCUAGACUCGUCUAGAUUGUCUUACAGGCUAGUUCGUCAUCAUACUUAUUCUCUAACUCUAGAUUCUAGAUCUAGUAGAAGUUUAAAUGCAAAGUUGUGAUUGAAAAUAUAAAGUUCUAGAAUAAAUAGAUCCUGUAUUAGUUUCUAGAUCUACUCAUCUAGAGUAUUCUAGAGUCUAAAUAAACAAGAUUGAAGAUGUCAACAAGUUUAAGUCCAUUUGUCUACUGGGGUCAAACAAAUGCUGCCAUUUCUCUUAAGGUUGACUUAAGAAACGUUGAGAAUGUUGAGGUUUCUCUUACUGAAGAAAAUUUAGAUUUUAGUGCUCAAGGACUUGGAGUCAAAGGUGUAAAUUUAUACAAUUUUCAUAUAGAUUUUUAUCUUCCUGUUGAUCCAAAGAAAAGCAGAUAUAGAAAAACAGACUUAGCUGUAGAAUUUCAGAUAGAGAAAUCUGUUGCAGAAACAUGGCCUCGUUUGACAGCAGAAAAGCUCAAGCUACCUUGGCUGAAAAUAGACUUUGAUAAGUUUCCUUCUGAUGAUUCUGAAGAGCAAAGUGAUGAUGAUGUAUCAUCAAUGAAUAUGAAACAGACAAAUGAAGAGAUGUUGAACAAAUUAACAGCGGAAUUAUCUAGCACUGAUCCGAUGGAUAUCCCGUCACCAAAACUGACCUACUUGUUCACUUAUAAUUUAAUACAGUUUGUAGGCUACGCUUAUGUUUUUGUUUCUCUACUGUAUCAUCAUUUCAAGUCAGAUGAAACUGCAGCAGCCAAACAAGCAGCAUUUGAAGAAGUUGGAACUCAAAUGAUGUUUUGUCAAGCAUUAUCUUGUAUGGAAAUUGUGCACACUAUUUUUAAAUUAGUACAUUCCCAGGUUUUAAUAACCAUUUUUCAGGUAACUGGUCGUAAUUUUAUUCUGUUCAUGCUAAUACUUCAAGAGCCAAGACUUCAGAUAUCCCCUCUUUGUUGGUAUCUGUUUUUAACUUGGUCUUGUAUAGAAAUCAUCAGGUAUCCAUUUUACAUGAUGCAGCUUGUCAAUUUUGAGUUAAAAUUUUUAACAUGGUUACGCUACAGUGUUUGGAUAAUUCUCUAUCCACUAGGGAUUUUAAUAGAAGCUACCAUUGUGUUUCAGUCCAUUACAUAUUUCAGUGAGACAGGAUUCUUCAGUAUUGCACUUCCCAACUCUGUCAACUUUGCAUUUUACUUUCCAUAUUUCCUAAUAGUGUAUUUAGUGGCUAUGUGCUUUGGCUCCAACAAUAAUUUAAAGUAUUUAUACAUUCAACGACAAAAGCAGCUUGGCAAGAUGAGUCAAGUGAAUGGAAAGUCUCCAAAGCAAAAGACUUCAUGAAUGGAGAACACUCAGCAAUUUUAAGUUAUUCCAUUUUUUUAUUGGUUAUAAUUUAGCAAUAAAUCAAUUGUAUUUUUUUUUCAAACAAAAGCUGUUUAGUGGUGCUUGCAACAAAGUUCACCACUUUAUACUGUCAUUAUUUAUUUAUAUGCUCAUUACAAAAAAGUGUAUUUUUCAAUUUAAAUAAUUGAUAAGCAAAUUACAAAAGUUUUUUUUUUAUUUUCUUUUUUAUAUUUACAAGUCAGACUAAAGUCACAAUUGUCCCUAAUGCUAGCCAUGCCACCCUGUCAUUUGUCAUUUUGCUUGACAUUUGGGCUGGGGCGAAAAAAAAAAUCUAAAUUUCUGAAGAAAUUUCUUUAA